UACUGCCUUUAAAGGUCAAAUGCUGUUGUUGUUGCUGUUGCUGUUGCUGUUGCUGGUGCCGAUACCUUAUUGACCCUACAGCAUUGACCACAGUCUAGAACGUAUUCCAAGCUUUUAUGUUGCAAAUUUUAUAGGUGAACAACUGUGGUGAUUUGACAUAAUAAUGCACUAAGACUUACGGCAAGUGAUGGGUAAUUCCUUACGUAGGGUUGAUAAAUUGAAAGUAAGAAUGUUAUCGACAAUAAUUGCACCGAAAUGUCCAGUGCUCGUGGAUCAAAGGAUUCAGAUGAAAGUGAAAAAUUUGAGCCCAUUUCAAAGUGUAACCUUGCGAGUUGAGCUCAAUUCUGACAAAUCGGAGCUUUUUGAAUCAUAUGGACACUACAUCGCAGACAAAGAUGGUGAGCUGAAUUUGUCACGAGAUUCUUCUUUUGGAGGUACCUACAAAGGCAUUGACAACAUGGGUUUAUUUUGGAGCAUGUUAGCAGUACCAGGCCAACGAAAAGGGGUCAGGUUUAUUGCAGAAGAUGUCACUAAACCGAUGGAAUUUAGGGUUUUCUUGUUUGACAGGCACGUUAUGUCUCAAGGGAAUGCAGAUAACCCGAAGCAAGCCGUGGAAAAGCUUCCUGAGCCUCUAGCAAAAACGAAAAUUUUACGAACAUAUCUGGCUGAUCAUGUAGAACGCAAGGAGAUAAGUGUUGGCCGCAUAAGGGGGACAUUGUUUGUUCCAAAAGGAAGCAGAAAAUUACCAGGUGUCAUUGACAUGUUUGGUGGUCAUGGAGGUCUGAUUGAGUUUAGGGCCGCCAUUUUGGCAUCUAAUGGAUUUGUCACAUUUGCAUUGGCCUAUUUUGGAUACAAAGAUCUGCCUAAAAGCCCAAACAACUUUGAUUUGGAGUAUUUCAUCGAGGCUGUUAAAUGGUUUGCAAGUCAUGAAAGGGUUUAUUCAUCUGGCAUUGGAUAUAUAGGUGUUUCAGUUGGUGGCCAGAUUGCUUUGAAUGUUGGUGCAGAAUGUUCCUUGGUGAGGGCUGUUGUUGGUAUUUCUACGGCUGACAUUAUGAUAAUUCCACUUAGGUAUAGGGGGGAAAUUAGAGGCCUUGUUAGGGAGAUCAGAGGAGAGCAUUGCCAUAUAAAUGAAAAGAAUGAAGUUGUCUCUGUGGACCUUAACAAACUCGACCCUGUUGAAAUUCGAAACAGCAAGAUUCCAGUUGAGAAAGUCGAAGGGAAGAUCAUGCUGGUCACAGGGGAUGAUGACAUGUGUCCUAAUACGUCUGAUUGUGCAAGAAAAAUGCAAAGAAGGCUAAAUGAACAUGGCAGAGAGUCUGCAACUAUCCUUCAUUAUCCAGGCACGGGGCAUUUAAUCGAAGUUCCUUUUAUGCCUAUGUGUCGUAUUACUUAUUUUCCAAGUUAUAAACUUCAUUGUUUGUGGGGAGGGAGUGUAAUUGAGCAUUCUGCAGCACAGGAGCAUGCAUGGAAAGCUAUAAAAAGAUUUCUCUUGGAAAAUGUUGAAGAUGUAUCUAGUAAAUUAUGA